AUGAGCGACCUGCUAAAGUCUCGCUGGGCUCCCAGCCCAAGCGAGAUUCAAGCCCAACCCGCCGUUCCUCCCAUCACCACCCCAGCAAUCCCACCAAAAACCAUCCCGAAACCCAGCACCAAACGCACGCCAUCCCCCGUCAAGCAACCCUCUCGUCAAUCCUCCCCACGACCCUCCCCCUCGAGCCACCUUUCCCGCUUCAUGAAAAUCGUCGAGCGAUUAAAAUGGAAACUACCAUAUUUGGCCUACGGCUACCGCCUCGCGACUCUCGACCCGGCCAGUAGCGACUUCGACGUCUCUCACGCCGAGAUCAUGUUCAAGCUCGAUUUCCACGAAUACUACUCCCUCCUCGAGCGCGCAAUUGUCCACCUCCUCAGUGUCUUCGGUGUCUCUGUGUCUUCUGCUUUUGCGCGCAAUCACCUCGCCGCGUACGGCUCCGCUCCGCUUUCGACCCACCGAUACCAUGCGAAUGUGUUGGAAGCGUUGCAGGAUGAGAAUAGUCCAUUGCACACUGUGCUGGGACAGGGCGAGGUUCACGAACAAUUGCAGAGGGCGAAAGAGUUGCGGAACCGGUGGAAGACGGCGGAUUUGACCAAGGAAGAGCUGGAGAUGGAGGAUAAGUGGGCUGCGAGGCGGAAGGGCAAGGCUAUGCCGUUGGCGAGCUAUGAUAUCGAGAAGAUCCUCUCGGAUAUCUUCCAGGGCUUUGAUGAUGCGUAUUUGCUUGCGCAGGAGCAUGUGGUUGCGUCUGAUGGGGCGGAUAAGAUGGAUGGAUUAUUGCAGGGAGAGUCGGAUGCUGAUUGGGAUUUCAUUGUCGAUGCUAUGGAUUGGGAGGCUGUUUGA